GGGGCCACCACCUUGUUCCUCCAGAACAACCAGAUCAGGGAUUCGGGGAUCCCCCCGGAUUUGGGGCUCCUCCCGUCCCUCCGCGUCCUCUACCUUUACGCCAACUCCUUGGAGAACCUCCCCGCUCACCUCCCCCCGGCCCUCCGGGAGCUUCACCUCCAGGACAACAACGUCCGGGGGAUCUGCAGGAGGUUCCUGGCCCGGGUUCCCCUCUUGGAAAGGCUCCACUUGGAUGACAAUUCCCUCUCGGCCGCCGGGAUCGAGGAAGACGCUUUCGUCGACAACCGGCGCUUGAGGCUCCUCUUCCUCUCCAGGAACCACCUGAGCAGCGUCCCCCCCGGGCUCCCCCCGGGCUUGGAGGAGCUGAGGUUGGACGACAACAGGAUCCACACCAUCCCCAUCAAGGCCUUUCAAGGGCUGUCGGCCCUCAGGAGGUUGGUGUUGGACGGGAACCUGUUGGCCAACCAGCGCAUGGCCGACGACACCUUCAGCGGGUUGUUCAACCUCAGCGAGUUGUCCCUGGGCAGGAAUUCUUUGGCCUCCCCACCUUUGAAUUUGCCCCCCAACCGCCUGCGGCGUCUCUCCUUGGCCGCCAACUCCAUCAGCCACGUCCCCCCGGGCUCCCUGGCCAAGAUGAGCUCCUUGGAGAGGUUGGAUCUGUCCGACAACAACCUGACGACGUUGCCCCGCGGGUUGUUCGACGGCCUGGGGAGGUUGAGCCACUUGGGGUUGAGGAACAACCCGUGGUUUUGCGGGUGCAACUUGGCCUGGUUGAGGGACUGGUUGAACCGACGGGCCCCCCCGGGGUUGGAGGUGAGGGGGCUGCUCUGCCAGGCGCCCGCCCGGCUCAGGGGGCUGCCCGUGGGGGA